AUGGCCUCUGAUCAGUCAUCAUUGUACGGGAAACCCCGUGCCAAGUCUUCUAAGACUCAGAAGAUCAGCUCAUCAUCCAACCUCGCCUUCACCAGCCAAUUAUCCUCUCUUAUUGCCCAGAGCUCUGGCACCGCCUCAAAUGGACGCCCGCGACCAUCCAAGACCGCCAAAAGCGACCUGUUCGCGAAGAAGAACAAAGGCGCUGAGAAGCGUGCAGCCGCAGAUCUCCUAGAAGAUGACCACCAUGUCCCCGACCAAGUCCACAAAAAAAGCCAGGACAUUGGGACUAUCGAUGACGCCACACUGAAUCGAUCGAAGCAACGGAUGGCGAAGAAAGUCCGCAUGUACGAGGACAUGAAGAAAGGGCUACAUCUUACGGGCGAAGAUAGUGAUGAAGAUGGAGGGGACGACUACGUAUCACGUUUACGACGCAGAGAGAAAGCCGGUCUGGUCGACUUUGAUACAAAAUGGGCGGACGAGGAGCGCAAGAAGGAAGGUGGCUCCGGGGAAGACGACGAAGAUGAGGAUGAUGAUAACGCUUCGAUUGUUUCCUACGAAGAUGAGUUUGGUCGGACACGCCACGGCACCAGGGCUGAAGCUGCACGCGCAGCUCGCACCAAAGAGGAAGAAGAGAAUCGAGGUCGCGCUGUACAGGAACGCUGGCGACCUUCACGGCCGGAAACCCUGAUCUUCGGCGAGGCAAUCCAAUCCGAAGCGUUCAACCCCGAUGCGAACAUUGCUGCGCAAAUGGCCCGCCUCGCAGCGCAGCGAGACCUGUCACCCGAGGCGGAGUUUGCACACUACGAUGCGGAUGGCGAAGUACGGAAUCGCGGCACAGGCUUCUAUGCAUUUUCCCGCGAUGAAGAGGAAAGAAAGAAGCAGAUGGAGGCGCUGAAGAAAGCUCGCGAGGAAACGCAGCAGCAGCGGGAUAAAGUGGCGGCCAGAGCGGCACAGCGAGAGGCUGCUCUCGAAGAUCGACGACGACAAAUCCAGGAAUUGCGGAAUAGGAGACUUGCGGAAAUGUCUACUGGAGUUUUGGUGACUCCGCCACCGGAAACAGCAAACAGUGGGCAAUGA